GCGGCAUGCGUGCAGUACUCGCUCCCGCACCAUGUUUGCCGCACGCUCGCUCGCGCUACUGUUCGCCCUGUCGCUCGCCCUCGCCGCCGCUGCGCCUCCGCCACACGUGCGGGCACGCAGGCAACUUGCCGACGAUAACACGCUGCAGCCCCUAGAGGACGCUGAAGGCGACGAGCAGACUCGUGAGAAGCGCAAGCUCGAAGGUGUCACGCAGGCCAAGUUCGGUAUCAAGAAUGCUGUCCUCGGCUUCGUCUUUGGGAAAAUCAACUCCAUAAUCGACGCGAAGACCCGAUUGGUGGAUACGCUAGAUAGACAAAACAUCGCUAUCAAUAAACAAUAUGGCAUUGAGGCUCCACAAAGCGGCCUGGCAAACGGGCUCUCAUCGUUGACCGGUAUUGUUGGCCAAGUUUUGGGGCCUAAACUGCAGCUGCUCGGCCCCAAGAUACAAGCUGUUUCUGGGUUGCUUGGAGGCUCAUCCGGCAGCUCAUCUGGCGGCUCCAGUGGACAAGGUGGGGGCUCGGGUUCCGGGCUGGGCUCAAUCAUCUCGCUGGUGACCUCGCUGUCCGGCUCGUCGUCAGGCGGUGCAGGCGCUACCGCCACCGUUGAGACUGUCGACUCCUCCGAAGAGGACGACUCUUGAUCUCCUUGCCUUUUACGCUCCAGUGCACUACAACACCGGUCUUAUGUAUCUUAAAAGUAAACACUUGGGACAAUUAAAUUAUUGAAACCAGAUAUGUAAUUAUUCUGAGAUGUAUGAUUUUAUAAUACCAGUGCUACUUUUAGUAGUUUUUAUUAGAGUGCUUAAUUCAACAUGGGGUAGGUACAAAUAGAACAGGGUGACUGACCAUGAGUGUCGUAGUGUACUGUAAGCUCUCUCCUUUGCCUUCUGACCGCCUGUACAGUCCGCGGUCCCUUAAAGCGAGCCGCACCAUGCGCCUUGUAUUUAUGUAAAUAGUUUUAGGUGAGUGCUGGUGAUAUUAAAUAUUUCCUUCCAACUGUUUUGUUUGUUUGCACGCACCUUACCCCGCACAGCUCAUUGGAACGUUUUAUAAUAAAAAAAAACAAUUUUUUGAAAUUGUUUUAAAAAAAUACCUUUCAAAUGGAUACUAUAAAACGUACCACCGACUUGUAGAUAUGAUGUAGCGUUACAAGCACUUUGUAUAGUUUGAUUAUUGGUAUAUAUUGGUAUACAUGAAUCACUUUUUUAGGUUAUUUAGUGUUAAUGUAAGCACUAUGGAAAUAAGUAAAGUAGAGAUAUGUUAUCACGUCGUAAGAUUCACCAGUACUGGCAAUCAGCCGCCACUUUUUCCUGUUCUAGUCACGCGUCUCGUCGCUUGUAAAUACACAAUUCUAGUCGCAAGCUUGUCAUUAUUGUAUGGUUUUCAAAAAACGGUUUUCAUUUACAAAAGGUUUACUCAAUUUUUGCCUUCAUAUAUCCUAAUUAAUUAAUUCCGGAGUGAAAUUGGCUUUAAAUAUUUUUGAGCAAUUUAAUUUGUUUAUAAUUUGCCCGUUAAUUUGCUUGAAUCAAAUUUCAAUGCUUUUAUUUAUUGAAAAUGUUUAAUUUUGUUUGACGUGAUGAUUAACGUUUUACGCGCACGAAUU